GCUGUGUUUUUGCAAGGCUGCGUGCGAUUGGCUUUGGAGCAAAGGAGCGCUGUGAUUGGCUGGUGGCUGGCUUGGUAGACCUAGGGACUAGGAGCUGUGUGACUUUGUUGACAGCCAGGGGGGGGGGUGGUCGGAGAAAUGUCCGGGCUUUACUGUGCGAGGGCUGUCGGGGCCCUCCUACGGAGAAGCUCCGGGCUGGGCGGCCACACAGUGCGGGCUCUCAGCACUUAUGAUGUUGUCAUCAUUGGCGGUGGAAUUGUGGGUCUGGCAUCAGCACGACAGCUCAUCCUUCGCUACCCAACCCUGCGAUUCGCCCUCCUGGAGAAGGAGAAUGAAAUCGCGACUCACCAAAGUGGACAUAACAGCGGCGUUAUACACAGUGGAAUAUAUUACACACCAGGGUCCCUGAAAGCCAGAUUAUGUGUCAGAGGUUCCUCUCUUCUCUACGAAUACUGUGACAGCAAGGGAAUCCGUUACAAGCAGUGUGGGAAGCUGAUAGUGGCUGUACAGCACCAGGAAAUCCCUAGACUACAAGCUUUGUAUGAAAGAGGCCUUCAGAACAAUGUGCCGGGUCUACAAAUCAUCAAUGCAAAGCAGAUCAGGGAGAAAGAACCCUAUUGCCGGGGGGUGAUGGCGCUGGACUCUCCACAUACCGGUAUUGUGGAUUAUAAACAGGUGUGCCAGGCAUACGCAGAUGAUUUCCGUGAUGCUGGAGGGAGUGUUCUCACGGGCUUCGAGGUAUCCGAUCUAAAAAUGGUCACUGAAAGCCCAGCGGGGUCAGAGGGAGGUUUGGACUACCCGGUCAUGCUUAGAAACACAAAGGGAGAAGAAGUUUCUUGUAAAUACGCGUUGACGUGUGGUGGCCUGUUUUCAGACCGCCUAUCCCAGAUUAGCGGGUGCAGCCCAGAACCACGCAUUGUUCCCUUUCGUGGUGAUUACUUGAUCCUGAAGCCAGAGAAAUGCUAUCUCGUGAAGGGGAACAUUUACCCAGUUCCUAACCCUCAAUUUCCCUUCCUCGGGGUCCAUUUCACUCCACGGAUGGAUGGAAACGUUUGGCUCGGCCCAAAUGCCGUGUUGGCUUUCAAAAGAGAAGGCUACAAGUUAUGUGACUUCAAUACCAGAGAUUUCACUGAAGCUGUUGCAUACAGUGGGCUUCAUAAGUUGGUGCUGAAGAAUCUGGUAUAUGGAAUGGGAGAGAUGUACCGGUCUUUCUCUUUAAAAGCGCAGCUUAAGGGACUUCAGAAAUUCAUCCCAGAGCUCUCUGUUAGUGAUAUUGUCAGAGGCCCUUCAGGAGUGCGAGCGCAGGCCCUGGACAGAGACGGGAACCUAGUGGACGAUUUUGUGUUUGAUGGCGGGUCUGGUGAUAUUGCAAGCCGAAUCCUACAUGUGAGGAACGCCCCUUCGCCAGCGGCCACCUCCUCUCUCGCUAUAGCGGAGAUGAUCACCUCUGAAGCAGAAGAACGGUUUGGACUGUGAAAGAGACAAAGGACCUUUUCACACUAUGCUAUGUGACUUGCCACAGUGCAAUGCAUUACAGUGCAAUGCAUUACUUGAUCUCAUUCAUUUUGAAUGGACUACAUCACUGAAAAAAAAGCACUCCCAUGUGUUUUUAUAUUUUUAGUUUUAAUUAAAAGAAAAAAAAAUUAAACUAGGAUGUGUUGAAUUAAAAAUUCCAAAUAUGUCAAGCCUCCAAAUUGUACGCAUUCGUGAAGCGGUGAAAAACUACACGGGUGGGCUUUUUUAAUUUUUGGGGUGUUUUUUUAAAUUUUGUUAAAUGUAAAAAAUAAAAAUUUUAACAACUUUA